AUGCCACUAUUGGGCAGGAAAAAGAAUAGGAAUACUUAUCAGGUGAUUGACGACGAUUUUGAUGACACCGAUGUGAACAUUGCUUCGACGACAUCUCUGCUCGGAAGUGAAGAUCGAUCAAGAUUGCACUAUCUUGAUCCAAAUGCCGAGCAAAGACCAUUAGUUGAGCCAACCACGAGCACCGACGUAGAAGUUGGCUAUCAAGGACCGCCAAAUUCUCAUCAUGCCGCAUCGAAUAAUAACAGUACAAGAUUACAUAACACCCCCCUACCACACUCGGCUCCGCCACUAAUGGGAAGUAGUAGCAGCCAAGAACAUCGAUGGGAACACAUUGAGAAUUUGGAUCAGUUCUUCACACGGGUCUACGAAUAUCAUCAAGGCGGUGGAUAUUUGUGCAUUGCCGCAAAACAUGUCUUCUCGUUAGCUCAAUUUGUUUUUAUUGUGAUUUUCUCGACGUUUUUCUUACAAUGUAUCGAUUAUGAUGUGCUCUUCCGAAACACCAAUUCGACGGCUUCCGGCGAAUUCAUCCCACCAGGAACUAAAAGACAUUUUGGGGAUGCAAUAGUUGACUCAUGUGCGCAGCAUCUGCAUCCAUUCAUCAUCAUCGCCAUUGCAAUGGCCGUCAUUUUCUGGGCGUCUCGGGUCAUCAAAACCGGCUACUAUUUGCUGCAAUUAAGAGAGAUUCAGGAGUUCUACACUCACGCAUUGUCAAUUGAAGACAACCAAUUGUCGAAUCUGACCUGGCACUCGAUUGUGACAAGGAUUUGUGAGGUCCAGCCGCGACUUCACAUAAUCGUCAAUUUCGAGACAAUCUCCCCAAUCGACCUCUAUCAUCGAAUUUUGAGAUUUAAGAACUAUUUCGUUGCUUUAGUCAAUCAGAGAGUUCUACCACCUGUGUUGAAGGUUCCAUUUUACGGCGAGGUGCCUUACCUACCGAAUGGACUUAAAGCUAAUCUCGAAUGGCUUCUUUUCUGGGGUUAUUUCUCGCCUUGGAGAGGACCCUAUGUACUGAAAGAAGAGUACCGAAAUAUGGAAAAUCUUGAAUAUUUGACGAUGGAAAUGGAAAGAACUGUCACCUAUCUCGGUUUAUUCAAUUUGAUCUUUUUCCCGUUGAUCUUUCUCUAUCAAUUGCUUUAUUCGUUCUUCACUUUGGCUGAAAUGAUCAAGAGAGAACCGGGAUCAUUGGGAACGAGAAGAUACUCGAAUUAUGGACGAUACCGAUUGCGUCACUUCAACGAGCUGGAGCACGAGUUGAAAGCAAGAUUGAACCGUUCACAUGCGUAUGCUACUGCCUACGUUAAUCAGUUUUACUCACCGUUAGGCGAGAUUCUUGCGAAAAAUGUAGCUUUUGUGGCUGGAGCGAUCUUUGGAGUGCUUGCCGUGUUGACCGCCUGGGAUGAAGAUGUAUUACAGGUAGAGCACGUGUUGACAGUGAUGACGGUGGCUGGUGUGGUGAUGAUCGUUUGUCGGAGUCUCAUCGCUGAUGAGAAUCUUGUCUGGCAACCGGAGGCUUUGCUCAGCCACGCCGCCUCGGAGUUACAUUAUUUACCAGUCGAAUGGAAGGGACACGCACACACAGAUCAAAUUCGUAUCUCUUUCGAAAAUCUCUUCCAAUUAAAAGCUUUCUAUUUACUUGAGGAGUUAUCCAGUGCUGUCAUCACUCCGAUCAUUCUACUCACACAUAUCAAACCAAUUUGCCGAACACUCGUUCGUUUCUUGAUCGAGAAUUCGGAAGGUGUUGAGGGUUUGGGAAAUGUGUGCACAUUUGCCCUUAUGGACACUGGGAAACAUGGGGAUCCCACUUGGGGAGUCACCGAGAAUAAUCAGCAACCAGCUCCAGAGCGAAUCCAAAACAUCGUGCCAGCGUUGAACGGAAAAACAGAGCUCUCAGUUCUUCACUUUGCCACCACGAAUCCCGAAUGGGAACCGCCAAAGGAGUCGGAAAAAUUCAUGAGUCGAUUCAAGAAUCGCAUGGAUCAAGAAGCGGCCGCACUUCGAAACGCCGUUCCCGGACGAAAUCUCUUAUUGGAGUCAGUUCAAUCACUCCUCGUCCCACUUCCACAACCAAUUUCUUCACAAGGAGGAGCUUGCAUUGGAGAUGCUCUUCAUCGAGUCGAUGGCCCAUUGGAGAACAGUCGUUGUCUAUUCACGAGUCUUUCUCGAAGCAAUCCAAUGGCGAGCAGUUUAAGCAAUAGCUUGAGACAAAGUGGAAUCGAAAUGGAAACAGCAUCAUCGGAUAUGAGAGUGCAAGCUUUAUUCAUCAGAGAGCUUCACUCGGAAAGCAUUCGUCACAGCACUCACAGACAAAACUACAAUUCAUUUGCCGGGCCGAGUCAGAGUGUUUUCGGCGUCCCACAAAUGAGCGAGUUUACCGACUCGACCGGGGAAAGAUUUGGAGGACAAAGCGUUUUGGGACGAUCGAUGAUUCGAUCGGCUGCGCGACCGACACAGCAAUCACAACAAGGUGGCGGUGGCUCACAACAUACAAGUCCCGCGCAUCAGGCUAAUCUCCCGUUCCGAGGAUUGACUCGUUUGGUGGAACAUGAUGAAACCGAAAAGGAGAAUGAGGAGAGCCUACCUCGAGUGAGUCCAGCCAAUGCGGCAUAUCAUGAUGAACGAGAAUCCGAUCUUGAUUCGGAUGACGAUGAUGAUGGACGUCCACCUUUAUCUUUUAGCGCA